AUGGUUUCACCAACAGUUAAACAGAUAUGGGUGAUAGCGGGAAUUCUCAUGAACAUGUUGAGCCAAGGCUUGAUGCUGACUUUCCCUUACGUGCUCGUUCCUGCUCUACAAGAUCCGGAUUCUAAGAUAAAAGCUGAUCUGAAUGUGGCAUCUUGGAUAGCAUCGUGUGUUGCAAUAGCCGGUUUCCCAGGAUUUCUGGCGUCAUCCAUUGCUAUGGAUAGGUACGGGAGAAAAGGAGCGCACAUCAUACUCAUGACGCCAGGGCUCAUUGGGUGGAUUUGCAUCUAUUUCUCCUCUAAUAUUACUACCCUUAUAAUCGGGAGACUUCUCAGUGGCUUCACUGGAGCUGCUACCGUCAUCUUAGGGGCAAUAUCCAUCGGCGAAUAUUCCAGCCCAAAGAACCGAGGAAUGUUUCUUAAUCUCAAAACUGCAAUUGUCUGUCUUGGAAAUAUGUCGGUACACAUUUUGGCAAAUUACAUGAACUGGAAUCUCGUCGCGUUAGCGGCUUUGGUACCCCAAGCGGUUGCGUUCCUUAUAGUUCUGACGUGGCCCGAAAGUCCAGCGUGGUUGGCUUCCAAAAGGAGAUUUGAAGCAAGUGAAAAAUCGUUUUACUGGCUAAGAGGUAAGAGUGCAGAAUCAAAGAGGGAGCUAGAAGAACUAAUACGAGCUCAAAAAGAGAAAACGGCAAAUGUGACAUCAAUGUCUCUAUCCGAGAAAACGUUGGAGUUUUUCAAUAAGUUUACAAAAAGGGACUUCAUACAACCUACGUUAGUGAUAACAUUCUGCGGGAUUCUGUUGGAAGCUUGCGGGCGACACUAUUUUGCGGCUUACGCUAUGCAGAUAAUAGACGAAGUCACAGGAACUAAAACAAAUUCCUUUUACUUCACAUUAGGAAUCGAUACAAUAAUAACUGUGUCUUCUUUAACCUCGUCAAUUUUGGUCAGAGUUAUGAAACGACGCACGAUUUUGUUUUACACCGGUUUUGCAGCUUUAUUUACUCUUGUGUGUGUCUGUUUAUAUUUAUUCUUGUCAGCGAAUGGUAUAGUAUCUAAAGACAAGCCUUGGAUACCUAUAACGAUGUUUUCUGUGUAUUUCAUUCUAUCUAACUUGGGCUGUACUGCUAUACCACUUGCUCUGAUGGGUGAGUUGUAUCCUUUAGCUCACAGAGGUGCUGGUUCAGCUGUAUGUGGCAUAAGCUUAUCCAUCUGGCUCAUGAUAGCGAUGCAACUCACACCUCAUUUACUAGUUAGUAUUAAAGUUUAUGGUACUUUUGCUGUGUAUGGAACAGCCAUGUUCGUUUCUUUGUUAGCGAUGUACUACACUCUACCGGAAACCAAAGACAAAACCCUGCAAGAGAUCGAGUACUACUUCAACUUCGGGAAGUUCAGGGAUGAAACUAACGAUAAUGAAGAUGAAGUGAAAAUGAAAAUGUUGCCAGCAGCUUAAACAGAUCUUUUUUUAUUUCU